AUGAGGGUCCCCUUCUGGUCGCUGGCCUUGGUGGCCAUUUCAGCCUCUGCAAACUUGAUCAGCACUGAAACCGACCCUUACCUCGACGGGCCCGCAGACUUCCUAGCCAAACGAUCAAACCUCGUCAAGCGCUCACGGUCAAAAUGCGGUCCCAAUCUAGCUUCAGCAGCAACGGCAGCCAACAUCGUCAACCUGAGCGCGCGCAACGUCUCGCUCGGCUACAUCCGCCUAGAGCGCAAUGGGACCUCCCGCGCAGCACACCGAGUGAAGCGCAUGGAGCUACCGAACGAGAGCAUGGGCGUGCUUAUCGAAUACGAAAUCCCAAUUUCAGCGAGCCGAUCGUCCCGUACGAAGAAACAGAAACGCCCGAGGACAUGA